CUAAUAAAUACAUACACUGAUACAGUACUAAAACUUCUCUAGCUUGAGUAAAGUCUAUACUCUUAGACUCUAGAUCGAGAUAUAUCUAAUCUAGGUUGAAAUUUAAACUAUGUUGGCGUUGAAAAGUUAUCAAAUAUUCUUUGUAUAUCUCCGUGUUAUAGGAGUCAUCAGCAUGUCGAAUCUAAAAUACUUUGAAACCUUUUCCUACAUUGGCGUUUCAACACGUGUCAGGAGAUUCUCUGGUACUAAGGAACUUUACACACAAGUGAAAUUCAAAGCUUUUAACAGAAACUUUGUUCUUGUUUUAAAAUCUGGCACUGAUGUAUUGGCUGAAGGAUUUAGUGCUCAACUUGUUGGUCCAGAUGGGCAGAUGAGUUCAUUUCAUGUGGAUCAAAACAUAUUUUUUUCUGGCCACCUUUUGGAAGAUCCAGAAGUCAGAGUUGCUGGCCAUAUGGAAGAUGCACUUUUCUCAAUUCAAAUAUUUGAUUACAAUGUUACUUAUUCAAUUGAGCCUGCAGUGAAUGUCUUGCACCCCUCCAACAAUCCAGACAAUCAUACACAUGUGGCUUAUCGCAGCUGUGACAUAAAACACAGGCCUCAAAAAUGUGUUGCUGGCCUUUGCAACCAACAGCUGAAUGUAGAACCUGUUCUUACAAUGGGAGAUUUCAAGAAGCGCUUCAGACGAAAAGUUUCUCAUGACAUCUGCAUUAUUUAUCUUGUAGCUGAUAAUGAUUUCUUCACUCAUCGCUGCCGGAGACAUUUUUUGCAUUGCUCUUCACUGAUGAUUAAUUUUAUACAAAAUGUUGAUGUCAUAUUCAGAAAUUCAGUUUUUGUGGAUUCUUCUGGCAAAACUUACGAAGGUGUAGGAAUUCAGAUUGGAAUGCUUGUUUUAUACACUGCUUAUACUUAUACUGCGGAGUUGUCUGUGAAUCAUUUCAAUGCUAAAGGGAUUAAUUGGAAUCAUCAGUCAAAACUAGAUUCAUUCUCCUAUUUCAUGGGAUACCUGAGAAAGCAGUUCUGCUUGUGUCACCUGUUGACUAGCUAUGUGAUGCCUGGUCAUGUUUUUGGGAACUCCUUCCUGGGAGAGAUUUGUGCUGUGAAAAAUGGAUCUAACUCUAGUAAAAAUACUGGGUUCACUAGUGAUAUGGAUGAGGGGAUGGAUUUAAUGUUGACUCAGCAUUUGAAUCUACUUAUUGCUCAUGGUUAG